AUGAUUGCACUUAAAAAAUUUUUUGGCCUUGUGUGCUACCAUCUCUUCCUUCUUUCUUGGUGCUAUCUACAAGGUGACUGCCAUCUCUUUUGCAGCAUCAUAGCUGCCCUCCAGCCUCUGGUGAAGCCCAAGAUUGUUAAAAAGAGGACCAAGAAGUUCAUCAGGCACCAGUCAGACCGAUAUGUCAAAAUUAAGCGAAACUGGCGGAAACCCAGAGGUAUCAACAACAGGGUGCGGAGAAGAUUCAAGGGCCAGAUCCUGAUGCCCAGCAUUGGUUAUGGGAGCAACAAGAAGACCAAGCACAUGCUCCCUAGCAGCUUCUGGAAGUUUCUGGUCCACAAUGUCAAGGAACUGGAAGUGCUGCUGAUGUGCAACAAAUCUUACUGUGCUGAGAUUGCUCACAAUGUUUCCUCCAAGAACCAAAAAGCCAUUGUAGAAAGAGCAGCACAGCUGGCCAUCGGAGUCACCAAUCCCAACACCAGGCUGUGCAGCAAAGAAAAUGAGUAG